AUGCAUCUGGUAGAAGCAGUAAACAUUGAUCGCAGUCGUUGGAUUUCGCUGAUCGUCAAUCGCUUGGUCGUUGACUUUCUGGGGCUUGUUCGCUGGAGCUUGGUCGCUGGAGCAGUGGCUGAUCGACGAUUGCAGUCGAAGACUCCCUGCCUGCCUCCCUGGUUGCUGGACUGCUGGAGCUUGGUAAUGGUGGUGGUGCCUUCUGCGACUGUGAUUUACUGA